CUACCCUCCACUAAUCCUCCCCUCCUCCCACACUUCUCUCUCCACCAUGCACCAAGCCAUUUCCCACAGAAGCUUCAUCCCCAUAGGAGCACGUGGCAUGCCACACGCAGGAGGAAUCAAAGAAUCCAAUGGCACCUAUCCAUCCAAAGCUGCCACAAUGGUAUCGGAGAACGCGGUGGUAAUCAUUGGAAAACGGGGAUGCUGCAUGUGCCACGUGGUAAAAAGGUUGUUACAAGGUCUGGGAGUGAACCCUCCCGUGUACGAGGUGGACGAGGACCACGAAGCCGCCGUUGCUCUCCACCUGUCCCCGCAGGGCGCCGAAACGGUGCAGUUUCCGGCGGUGUUCCUGGCCGGCAAGUUGUUCGGAGGGUUGGAAAGAGUUAUGGCCACUCAUAUCUCAGGUGAAUUGGUUCCCAUCUUGAAGGAUGCUGGUGCCUUGUGGCUCUGACUCUUACUCUAGCUACCUCCAUCUUUUUUUUCUACAUCUGCUCUUUUUUUUUUAAACCUAUUUUCUCGAGUGGGAAAUUAAUUAGAUAUAGCGAAAUUAAUUUUCUUAGGUUCAAUUCCCUCCUUUUUUGUGUUUUAUUUUUCUUUUCCUGCGUCUCUUAACUGGGCAAGAUGAGAAACUGCGUUGUUAACAACUCCCUUGUGUUGAAAAGUCUGGAAGAGAGAUAUUGUACAUUUUGUUUCAAUUAGUUGAUGUUGACGUACAAGUUCAUCAAUUGGAUCUCAAUAAUUUAUCACAAAA